GGGGGAGCGAGAAAGGGGGGUGUGGAACGUAUUUCCGCUCUGGCGGACAAAUAAUACCGGCCAAAGGGGAGGCCAGGCCAUCCGGCCCUUUAACCGCGUGGGGGGGGGCUGGUGAAGAAAGGGGGGUCUGGAAGGGGCGAAUCCUGCUCCUUUAAUUCCCUCCCCUCUUCCUCCUCCCCGAGUUCUCGCCGACGCCGAGGCGCGCGGGGCCUGGAACACACUGCACGAGCCGCCCCCGCCCCUCCCUCCUUACGCCCACGCGGAGCUGGCCCCGCGCGCGCGCCUCGUGCACCCCCGCGCCUGCGCGCUGCCCAGGCUCUGCCCGUGUUUGGGGGCGCUGCCGACCCUGGGGGGGUGGGGGAGAUAGGGGGGGAAAAAACAGCGCGCGGAACCGGGCCAGGGUUGCCCACCCCCGCCACAAUGGCCUCUGGGGUGGAAGUCCUGCGCUUCCAGCUGCCGGGCCACGAGGCCGCUACCCUGCGGAACAUGAACCAGCUCCGCGCAGAGGAGCGGUUUUGCGACGUGACCAUUGUGGCCGACAGCCUCAAGUUUCGUGGCCACAAGGUCAUCCUGGCCGCCUGCUCGCCUUUCCUGCGGGACCAGUUCCUACUGAACCCCAGUUCUGAGCUGCAGGUCUCACUGAUGCACAGUGCACGUAUCGUGGCCGACCUGCUCCUGUCCUGCUACACGGGCGCUCUGGAAUUCGCCGUCAGGGACAUCGUCAACUACCUGACGGCUGCCUCUUACCUGCAGAUGGAGCACGUGGUGGAGAAAUGCAGGAACGCCCUCAGCCAGUUCAUUGAGCCCAAAAUAGGCCUCAAAGAGGAUGGGGUCAGCGAUGCCAGCCUUGUGAGCAGUGUCAGUGCCACCAAAUCCCUGCUCCCUCCUGCUAGGACCCCAAAGCCAGCCCCCAAGCCCCCACCCCCACCCCCUUUGCCCCCUCCACUCCUACGGCCUGUGAAACUGGAGUUCCCUCUGGAUGAGGAUCUGGAGCUGAAGGCUGAGGAAGAAGAUGAGGACGAGGACGAGGACGUGUCUGACAUCUGCAUCGUCAAAGUGGAGUCGGCCUUGGAGGUGGCACACCGGCUCAAACCUCCCGGAGGUUUGGGAGGAGGCUUGAGCAUCGGAGGCUCGGUGGGCAGCCACCUUGGGGAGCUGGCCCAGAGCAGCGUGCCCCCCAGCACUGUGGCCCCACCACAGGGUGUAGUGAAAGCCUGCUAUAGCCUGUCCGAGGACGCAGAAGGGGAGGGUUUGCUGUUGAUCCCUGGAGGCAGAGCCAGCGUGGGGGCCACCUCGGGCCUGGUGGAGGCAGCAGCGGUGGCCAUGGCUGCCCGGGGGGCGGGGGGCAGCCUGGGGGCAGGGAGCAGCCGGGGACCCCUGCCCGGGGGCUUUUCCAGUGGAAACCCCCUAAAGAACAUCAAGUGCACCAAGUGCCCGGAAGUGUUCCAGGGCGUGGAGAAGCUGGUCUUCCACAUGCGGGCGCAGCACUUCAUCUUCAUGUGCCCACGCUGCGGCAAGCAGUUCAACCACAGCAGCAACCUCAACCGCCACAUGAACGUGCACCGCGGCGUCAAGUCGCACUCGUGUGGCAUCUGCGGCAAGUGCUUCACACAGAAGUCCACGCUGCACGACCACCUCAACCUACACUCUGGAGCGAGGCCCUAUCGCUGCUCGUACUGCGACGUGCGCUUCGCUCACAAGCCUGCCAUUAGGCGGCACCUCAAGGAGCAGCAUGGCAAGACAACGGCAGAGAACGUGUUGGAGGCCAGUGUGGCAGAGAUCAACGUCCUCAUCCGCUAGUGGGGCAGGCUCGGGGGCCAGGAGGCGGGGGUCCCUGGGCUGAAGGGAGCUCCCCGGCCCAGGAGAAUAGGUAGGGGGGUGGGAGGGUCGGGAACAGGCAGGUACGGUGGGGAACCUGAGCGGAUAUAUCCUGAGGGAGGGGCUGAAGAUUCCUUGGAGAGAGGACCCCUGCCUUUUCAGAAAAAAAAAGAAUGGAGAGGGAGAGGGUUCUUUGAGAAGACCAAGAGAAUAUGGGCUCCCAGAGAAAGAUUUUCUUCUCUUAGACAUGCAUGGAUAUGUGGAGGGAGGGAAAGGGUCUUAUGGAAUGAGGAAGAAAAAAAAAAGACAAAAAUGCUUUAUUCCUGGUUAAGGCUGCCCAGGGAGAGGUUCUGAUAUAUCUUGAGAUGGGGGGUGGGGGGGUGGGAAUUGGGAGGGAAUUUGGCAGGAGGCAGUUUAUGUACUCCUGCAUAGAAUAGAUCCUUGGGAGAGGGAGUGGUAGGGGGAAAGGAUUAUUGAAUUCCAGAAAAGGAAGUAGGGAGACAGUUCUUGCAUGCUGGGGGAAUGGGAUUAUGGGUAAAGACUCACCAAAACUAGGGAGAACCAUGUCAGGUGCCAGGUAAGAGAACAUGGGGAUAAGGGUCCUGGGUAGAUAUGAAGUGGGGGACAAUAGCAAGAAGGAUGAACAGUGGUGGGGGUGGGGGGUAGGGCACUUAGAUGAAAGGAUACAUGGAGGUCUGUUUGGGGAGGGAGGGAGAGGAGUAGAGACUUAUACAGUAUUUUUUAAGAAAACAAAACGUAUUUUUUAGGAUUUUUUCUGGAGUUUGGGGUUUUAGUUUUUCUGCUUUUGUUUUCCACAAAAUAAAAAAUAAUAAAAAAAAAACACUUUAUUUUUUCUUUAUACUCUGUCUGGCAACUGCAUGUGUAUGACUAUCCCACCCUAGACAGCUUCUCUCUCAUGCCAUUUGCUCUACACUCCGCACAACUCCUGUAGGCCUCAUGUGUGAAGGAGACUUGAGAAGAGAAGGGGAUUGUGUAAGUGGGCUUCUCUGGCUGGGGACCCUCCAAAUUCUACAACCUCAGCACCUGGCAGAUAUCCCACACUUAUGUUUCAUAAUUAGCAGUGGUGAUAACACACUAUCUCCCCCUCUAUUGGAAGAGUUUCGUAUCUGCGCUAUGGAAGAGCUAUAUGUGUGAUCAUUGUGUCCGCCAAAACU